GGUGGGAGCGAAUCUGUUCCGUCGGUCACCCCCGCCACGCAAAGAAGGUUCCGGAAUUGUCUCCGCGUCGCGCCCCACUGCUCCGAGAGCCAGGACACCAUGCCAGACUACACCAUCACCUACUUCCCCGUGCGAGGUCGCUGCUCCCCCAUGAGGAUGCUGUUAGCUGACCACGGCCUGACCUGGAAGGAAGACGUUGUGACCAAAGAGCAGUGGGCUACAGGCAACAUGAGGGAUUCCUGUGCGUUUGGACAGCUUCCGAAAUUUCAAGAUGGCGACUUAGUGUUGGUCCAGUCCAACACCAUCCUCCGCUACCUGGGCCGUCAGCACAAUCUCUACGGGAAAAAUGUGAGAGAGGCCACAUUAAUUGACAUGGUGAAUGAUGGUGUGGAGGACCUACGCAUUAAAUAUUCAAUACUUAUCUUCAAAGACUACGAAACUGGCAAAGAUACUUUCAUCAAAAAUCUCCCGACGGAACUGAAACCCUUUGAGAAUAUUCUGAAGAAAAAUAACGGAGGGAAAGACUUCCUCGUGGGGAACCAGAUCUCCUUUGCUGACUACAACCUGGUCGAUAUGCUCUCUAACCUCGAGGUGCUCUCUCCGGGUUGUCUGAAGGGUACUCCCGUACUCAAGGCCUACCAUGACCGGGUGAUCUCCAGGCCUAAACUCAAGGCUUUCCUGGAAUCCGACGCCCACAAGAAGGUCCCCAUCAACGGGAACGGGAAGCAGUGAGUCUGGGUGGAGCGAUUCUCCCCUGGAGAGUGCUGUGGCCCCUCGGAGUUAGGCUUGGCUCGGCCUAGUUGGGCCUUCUUCCUCCUCCUCCUCCUCCAGGCACCGCCUCAGCGUGGCGUCGCCACCGUCCCGUCCUGGUCUCCUGAGGACCGAAAUAAACAUACUUGGGAACCUU